UCCCCCCCUGUAUGUGUUAUUGAUGUGUGUGACUUGGCCCUGUUCGGUCACAUGUUAAACGCUCGUAUCAGCCCAUCUGUAUACGAGGAGGAAGACUGCCCUAGCUGAAAAAUCAAGGGUCUCAACUGGGGUACAGACACACGUGAUGACUAUGCUGAAAAGAGUUACAUAGUACAUUAGUCUUGGGUCUUGGCAUAUGUUACCCUCACCUUCCUCUCGCAAACCACUUCCAGAUUAGGUUGCUCAAUCUUGACUACUCAUGAUAGCCUCAAUCAGGUCCUGUCCUUUUUGGGCAGUCUCUCCGACUGACCAGGAUUCGUCCUUUUCUCUUACCACUACCAGGAACGAUGAUGAGGCUGCGCUCGCCAGGUCCAACCCUCGCUUCAUCAGAACGGGACAUCCUGUCUCAUUUACGCGCGAACAAUUACGACAAAUGGGGCUGGGUCAUCUACCGCUGCACCUACAACGACGAUGAAGCAUGGUCUCGAUUCAAAAAUGUUGUGAAUCACCAAGCACGUGAAUUGAUUGCGAAAUCAGAUGCACCAGAGAUUGCUGAUAGCCUGGAGUGGACUUUUAUCGAGGGCCGUGACACAUUAGAGAAUGCAUCCAAGGACCAGCUUCGCACUCGCUUCAAUGCGUGGGCAGCCGGGGCAGCUGAUGUUGAAAAUCCUCAACGGAUAAAACACCCAUACGGAUUUUAUGGCAUCCCAAGAUACAACUAUUUUGUUCAUGUUGAUCAUGAUGCCCUGCGGAGUGUUGCGUAUGAUACUCCACAACCUCCCGAGCUCGAUUUGGACUGUUCGGUUAUGUGAAUUUUGUCAAAGCCAACUGGAUUCCCAUGGGUCAGAUACUACUAGCUGCUGGACACUCUCUCGAAGACGAUGGCGAGACAUAUGAACCAAUUGAGGGGUGCAGUGAGGAGAAUGUUGGUUGGGUGAGGCUGGCGUCGGUAAAUUUAACGGCAGGCUUUUAUCAUUCGAUGCUUGGAUGAGACGACAUAUGGUAUACCUAUUAUGAACGACCUCCGAAGCUUGUGACUUGGUAGUAUUUGUACUUGACAUUUCUUCUAAAUCACAUGCACAUCGAUCCUCUUCUAGCUCUCCCAUGGAUACUUCAUGCUUGGAAUCUGGCUUUCGAGUUCCAAUAGGUC